AGGGAAAGUUGAUUAGAGGAAAUUUUGGAUGCAAAUUAGGGAAGUUCGUCAGAGGAAAAGAGGAUUCUUGGGCGAAAUUUUCUGAAAGAAGAUGUCGAAGAACAAAACUCCCAAACUUUUUUUUUCAGCUAACCCUAAAUACUUUUUAGCGGGAUGAAAUUAAAAUUGAAAAUCUUUUGGGCGGGAUUGUUCCCGCUUUGUGUACAUUUUUUAGACUAUAUAAAGAUCCCUAACAUCAUGAAGAGUUGCAUCCAAUUUCAUCUACAUCUUACCAAGGGAACUUCUCUAUUCUGGAUUGUGGUGUUUUACUGAUAUGGCUCCAGACGCCCGCCUAUUCUAUGGGGAUGCAGCUUUACGCCGAAAAUACGAAUCCACUUCUAAAAAACAAAAAGUACAGAAGCAAGGAGCUAAAGCGCCAUCAGCUGCACUUGUAAAUCCCAUGUACACACGGCAGGGAGGAAAUACAAGCAGUGUUCAACAGUCUCAAUUUAUUGGAGACAAAAUCAGGGAAAGACAAGAACACCAAAUGAAUGACCCUAGCAGUCGCUUGCAAGCAGCUCAGUCAACAGUGCAUGAUAGAAGUGGAGUUGGAAGAACAGGUCGGGUGCUGCCAAGCCAUGCACCAAUUGAGUCACCAGUGCAUGGGGGAAGGGGAGGUGGAAGAACACGUCCUGUGCUGCCAAGUCUUUCACCAAUUGAGUCAGUGCAUGAGGAAAGGGAAGGUGGAAUAUCAUGUGCGGUGCAGCCAAUCGAAUCACCUUUGAACAAUGAUUUUCUGGUAACUCCUAGGAGAUCCCCUAGAGGAAACCGCACAGGAGUACACAGAAAUCUGGAGAAGGAAUACAAUGGUCUACAUAGCCCUAUGAGAACUGAAGGUCGUCGUUCUGUACCACCUCCCGUAGAGAAUGAAAUACAACAAUGUUCAAAUCAAUUGCAUAAUAAUCGAACACAAGCAUGUCUUCAGCCAUCUCAUCGAUCAACACAAAAAUCUAUUCAAAGUUCAGCAUCUCAUCAAUCACAGCUUAAUGCUCUUCGAAAUUCAUCUUCGCAGAAAUCUCACCGAUCACAGCAACGGAACAGUCUACGUGAUUCUCCAGUUGAAAACCAUAAUUCUUCGCAACCCAACCGAUCGCGAUCAGCGUCUAAUUCUCCUGUAGCAAAUAAUGAAGAAGUUGUCAAUUUAUUGCAAGAAGGUCAACCAAAACGUACCACAAGAAAGAAAACGACUAAUCUUGCGGUUGCCAAGAGGGGGAAGGAGAAAGUAAGCGUGCCAGUUUUUGAUGAAAAAUUUUGUGGUUAUUAUAAACAUGAGUGUAUAAACUCUAUUGGGUCGUGGGUAAGGCAAAGGGACAAUUGCCCACUAAUAUAUGAUAAAUUUGAUGAUAUGCCUGAGCAGAAGAUUGCCCGAGUGAUCCAGAAUGUCCGGGACCACUUUAUCCUCGUUCCUGAUGAUGAUGGGGCUGUGAAAGCGAUCAAAGACGUGAUGAGGGAUGCCUAUAAGGCAUACAGGCACAAACUUCAUCUGAAAUACAAAGCAGCAGGGGGUGAUGGGUUUGCUGCAUCAGAUGGCCACCUAAAGGCUUUGGCACACCCUCCCGAAAAUUGCCCCAACAAACAUGAUUGGGCUCACAUGUGUAAUCACUUCACCACUGAUGAGUUCAAGAAAAAUUCUGAACGAGGACGUCGUGCUGCGGCUGCGAAGCAACAAAACGGUAUCAACCACAGCAAUGGCAACAAAAGUUUUACUAGUACCAAAUACGAUUUGCUGCAAGCCGGACAUCCUUGUGAUCCAGUGACUUUCUUCCGAAAAACCCAUGACCCUGAGAAGAAAAUCAACGCCAAAUGCAAAGAAAUGAGUGAAAAAAUGAAUGCCAUGAAGGAAGCCGCAGAUCGAGGAGAAACUAAUGACACUCCAGAAGAGAUAUUUAACAAAGUUCGUAAUGCUGGAUGUUCGGGUAAACGGCGUCGCAAGGCUCAUCCAACUAACUAUAGUUUAUACCAGAAGAAAGAAGAAGAAAUGGCCGAAUUGAAAGUAAGAAUGGUAUCCUUGGAACAGGAAAACAAAAGGCUAAAGAAAGAAACAGGCCCGAAAGCGACAAAGAAGUUGUUGAAUGAAUAUUUUGUUAAAGUUGGCAUGCCAUUGAUGGAAUUUUCAUCUGAAGAUGAUGCGGAAGAUGAUGAUGAUGAUGAUGAUGAAGAUGCCGAUAUGCAUGAGAGUCAAAUUCAUGAACAUCGAGAUGCCAUUGAAGGUAGUGAUAGGGAAGCUGAAGAGGAGGACGAGGCUUUUGGAGAUGGUCAAGAAGAAGGUGAUGAUGAGAAUCGAGACAAGGAACUUGAAGAGUAUGACGAAGAAGAAUAAAUUGAGGUUUAGAUGCAUUUAUUAUUUCUGUUAUUUAGAAUCUCUUUUUAGAACUUUCUCUAUAUUUUGGUCUUGUAUUCCAGAUAUCAUGGGAGAUUCUUGAUUUUUU